UUAGACUGGUUGAGCAACCCAAGCUUUUGUGUUGGAACGAUAACCGCGCUGAGCCAAGACACCAAGGAGGCCACAGCCCUUGUUUCCCAAGCGUCCGCACUGACAAGGAGUCCUCUGAAAUCAGAGCUUUCCGAUGAAAGUGACACUAACACAAAGCUUGUACAAACAAGCAGAAAAAAGAAGAAGGAGAAAAAGAAAAAAAAGAAGCAUCAGCACUACAAGAAGACAAAGAGGAAACAUGGGCAGUCAGGUAGCAGUGAGUCUGAGCUUGAUACUGACUCUGGAAAGGAUGGAUCGUCCAGAAGCAUCAGGAGUAGUCGGAAGGAAUCUGAGAAAGCCAGUCAAGGAAAUAAUGUUGCUGCUGAUGUCGGACAUCAUUCCAUUUGGCUUGAGGACAUGCAGACUCUGACAGGAGAAAUCUUCAGAACUGAUAAGAAACCGGAUCCUGCAAACUGGGAAUAUAAGUCUCUUUACCGAGGGGAUAUAGCAAGGUAUAAGAGGAAAGGGGACUCCUGCCUGGGCAUUAAUCCUAAGAAACAGUGUGUAUCUUGGGAAGGCGUUUCCACAGCCAAGAAGCAUUCACACAAGCACAUCGAACGCUAUUUUACCAAGAAGAGUGUGGGAUUAAUGAACAUCGACGGAGCUGCUGUUACCAGUAAAGUUGAGCCUCCGUCCUCCGAGCCAGUCUUGUUUAUCCCAGUGAAGGACUCGGAAGAUGUGGCUGCUCCAGUUACAAGCUGGCUGAAUCCUCUGGGGAUUUAUGAUCAGUCAACCACACAGUGGUUACAAGGACAGGGUCCUUCAGGGCAGGAAUCAAAGCAGUCAGACUCCCAGCCAGAUAGAGAGAAUGCUGUUCUCAAGGCCAAGGUGGAGGAGUUUAACAGGAAGGUUCGGGAGAAUCCUCGGGACAUUCAGCUGUGGAUGGCAUUUGUGGCUUUUCAGGAUGAGGUCAUGAAGAGCCCUGGCCUGUAUGCCAUUGAGGAUGGAGAGCAGGAGAAACGGAAGAAGUCCUUGAAGCUCAUCCUGGAGAAGAAGCUGGCCAUUCUGGAGCGGGCCAUUGAGAGCAACCAGAGCAGCGUGGACCUGAAGCUCGCCAAGCUGAAGCUCUGCACCGAGUUCUGGGAGCCUCCCACCCUGGUCAAAGAGUGGCAGAAACUGAUCUUUCUCCAUCCCAACAAUACCGCCCUUUGGCAGAAAUACCUUUUAUUUUGCCAGAGCCAGUUUAGCACCUUUUCCAUUUCCAAAAUCCACAACCUUUAUGGAAAGUGCUUGAGCACUUUGUCUGCGGUCCAGGAUGGCAGCAUCCUGUCACACCCUGCGCUGCCUGGCACAGAAGAGGCCAUGUUUGCGCUCUUUCUUCAGCAGUGCCAUUUUCUGCGGCAGGCUGGCCACUCGGAGAAGGCUGUCUCUUUGUUCCAAGCCAUGGUUGAUUUCACCUUCUUCAAACCCGACAGUGUGAAAGAUCUUCCCACCAAAGUCCAGGUAGAAUUCUUUGAGCCCUUCUGGGACAGUGGAGAGCCAAGACCUGGGGAGAAGGGCGCCCGUGGCUGGCGUGCAUGGGUGCACCAGCAGGAGCGCGGUGGCUGGGUGGUCGUCAGCCCAGAUGAGGACGGUGAUGAGCCAGAAGAGGAGGAACAGGAGAUGAGCGACAAGACCCUUCCCAGGUGGCGGAUCUGGCUUGCUGCCGAGCGUUCCCGAGACCAGAGGCACUGGCGGCCCUGGCGCCCUGAUAGGACGAAGAAGCAAGCUGAAGACGACUGUGAGGACCCUGAGCGACAGGUAUUGUUUGACGACAUUGGACAGUCACUGAUCAGACUGGCCAGCGAAGCCCUCCGGUUCCAGCUGAUUGAGGCCUUUUUGCAGUUCUUGGGUGUGCCCUCUGGCUUCAUCCCUCCAGCCUCCUGCCUUUACCUGGCCAUGGAUGAGAACAGCAUCUUUGAUAACAGACUUUAUGAGGAAAAGCCCUUGACUUUUUUCAGCCCUUCAUUUUCUGGUGUCAGCUGUGUUGGCCACCUGGAGCAGUUGGGCUGUCCUCGCUGGGCCAGGGGUCACGAUCGAGAAGGCGAGGAGUUCAUCCGCAACAUCUUCCACCUUGUGAUGCCUUUAUUUUCAGGCAAGCAAAAGUCUCAGCUCUGCUUCUCCUGGUUACGGUAUGAGAUUGCAAAGGUCAUUUGGUGUCUGCACACUAAAAAUAAGAAGAGAUUAAAGUCACAGGGGAAGAACUGCAAAAAACUAGCCAAGAAUCUCCUUAAGGAGCCAGAAAACCGCAAUAAUUUUUGCCUCUGGAAGCAGUAUGCACAUCUGGAGUGGUUACUCGGCAACAUAGAGGACUCCAGGAAAGUGUUCGAUACCGCAGUCAGCAUGGCAGGCAGCAGUGAGCUGAAGGACCGCGAGCUCUGCGAGCUCAGUCUGCUCUACGCCGAGCUGGAGGUGGAGCUGUUGCAGGACUUGAGAGGGGCUGCCGCGGGCCGGGCUGUUCACAUUCUCACCAAACUGACGGAGAGCAGCUCCUAUGGCCCCUACACUGGGCAGGUCUCGGGCACUCAGGUUUUGAAAGCUCGCAAGGCCUAUGAGCAUGCGCUGCAGGACUGUCUGGGUGAGAACUGUGUCUCCGGGCCGGCGGCUACCGAUUCCUUGGACUGCCUGAGUAGCUUGGUUAAAUGCUUCAUGCUCUUCCAGUAUUUGACUGUAGGGAUCGAUGCUGCUGUACGGAUAUAUGAGCAGCUUUUCAUCAAACUAAAGGGCUCUGUUGUCCCAGAAGGCCCUGGCCUGGAGGACAGUGCCAGCUCCCAAAGUUUGACCAGUGUGCUUGAAGCCAUCACCCUGAUGCACACAAGUCUGCUGAGAUUCCACAUGAAAGUUACUGCUUAUCCUCUCACUCCACUGCGUGAGGCGCUCUCGGAGGCUUUAAAACUGUAUCCAGGCAACCAGGUUCUUUGGUGGUCAUAUGUACAGAUUCAAAAUAAGUCCCACAGUGCCAGCAAGACCAGAAGGUUUUUUGAUGCCCUCACCAGGUCUGCCAAACAGUUGGAGCCUUGGUUGUUUGCAAUUGAAGCUGAGAGAAUGAGGAAAAGACUGGUGGAAACUGUUCAGAGGGUAGAUGGCCAGGAGAUCAAUGCCACAUUCCCCGAGACCGGCUUAACACAUCGAAUCAGAGCCCUGUUUGAAAAUGCAAUGCGGAGUGACAGCGGCAGCCAGUGCCCCUUACUGUGGAGGAUGUAUUUGAAUUUCCUGGUUUCCUUAGGAAACAAAGAAAGAAGCAAAGGUGUGUUCUACAAAGCACUUCAGCACUGUCCUUGGGCAAAGGUCUUAUACCUGGAUGCCGUGGAGUACUUUCCUGACCAGCUGCAGGAAAUCCUGGAUCUGAUGACCGAGAAGGAGCUCCGUGUGCGCCUGCCCUUGGAGGAACUGGAGCUCCUGCUGGAGGACUAGGCUGCCAGACACGUGUGCACUCUGUCCUGGUCAUUUCCUUCAGCACAGCUUUUGGACGUGUACACCACACAAAAACUGUUGUUCUUAGUAUUCUGUAUGUGACUACGAACACAGAUGCGGACCUAUGGUUGGGGAUGAUGAAAUCUUUUGAGAUUGA